AUGGCCACAAACAUCGUUUGGCAUGAAAACUUAACUCAUGAAGAGCGUUCUGCUUUAAGGAAACAAAAAGGUGUCACUGUUUGGCUAACAGGUUUAUCUGCAAGUGGUAAAUCAACUAUUGCUUGUGCUUUAGAACAGUCGAUACUUACAAGAGGGCUCAAUGCUUAUAGAUUGGAUGGUGAUAAUGUAAGAUUUGGAUUGAAUAAGGACUUAGGUUUUAGUGAAGCUGAUAGAAAUGAAAAUAUCCGCAGAAUCUCAGAGGUUGCUAAAUUGUUCAGCGAUUCAUGCUGUGUGACUUUGACUAGUUUCAUAAGCCCAUAUAAACAAGAUAGACAGUUGGCUAGGGAAUUACAUGAAGCUGAUAACCUACCAUUUGUCGAGGUUUAUGUUGAUGUCCCGAUAGAUGUGGCUGAAGAGAGAGAUCCAAAAGGUUUGUAUAAGAAAGCUAGAGAGGGUAUUAUCAAGGAGUUCACUGGUGUAAGUGCACCCUAUGAAGCACCAGAGAAUCCUGAGAUUCACUUGAAAAACUAUGAAGGUGUUUCGAUUGAAGAAUCUGCGGAAAGAAUAAUCGAUUAUUUAAUUGAAAAAAAAUACAUAAAAUAG